AAUAGUUCCGCACGGCGAACGGGUCGGCAACGCCAAAUGAAUUAUACAACGUGGAUUAGGGAGCUCCGAAGAGGGCGGCACGGAGCACCCGCAUCCACAUCCACAUCCGCACCCGGAGUCAGAGUCAGUCGCAGACGGCGACCGGCACGUGACGACACCACAACCCAAUGCCGACCCAUGGCCCACAGUCAUAAAGUUGCCUGUUUGGGAGUCCUGAGCUCAUCAUCAUCGGCUCGUUGCGUGCGUGCGCACUCGACUCGCUUCCAGACAAUCUGUGGCCUGGGCUGCCUUAUGAAUGAUGCUGCUGCCGCUGCCGCUGCCGGACGGGCAGGAGUGAACUUUUCAGUUCGGGACUUCAACGCUUCGAUUGUCGGGCUGUAAUUCAACGCCAUUUACGUGGCCGCAUGCUGCCAGGAAUGAUUGCCGCCUGCACCACCGUGGGUGGUGGCGCCUCGUCUGGGUCGUUACUUUCUCCACUUCCACUGUCCCACCAUUUCCAUUCCCCUGGCGAAGCGUGCUGUAGCACAAAUAAGAUCCAACCUUUGACAUGGAGUCCGGAAAUUCUUUCACUAGCCGGCUGGCUGGAUGUUUGGAUGCUUGUCUGCUGGGAUGCUGGGAUGUCCUUGCCAAUAGCCACGGGGGAGCUCUUCCCCCGCGAAAUUAAGUCCAAGCCACUGCGAAAUGAAGUUGCGAAAUGCCCAUCGAUCUGCGUGGCUACUGGUCCCCCACAUAUAGUAAAAGACUCAAUUACAGGAUUGACUUAAAUCAUCUCCCUGUGGUAACUUACGCGAUAUGGAGCGUUAGCAGGACAUCAAGUUUAAGGCAGGAUUAGGAUUUUAUAUUUUAUUAUCCAUAAGGUUCAGUCUGUAUUUUGAACCAUGUGCUUGAUAGCCAAAUAUAGUUAUAGUUAUAUGUCAAUGUAACUUAGUUUUGACUAACUAAUAACAUCUAAUAUUUGUUUCUUAAAUAUUGAAUAAUAAGUUCAAUAACUCACAUCUUUGAAACAGAGAUCGAAAUAUCUGUGUGUUUGCUUUAAGUCACCCACAUCCAGACCUACAAAUACAGCCCCCUGCCCUAUAGUUCACCCAAAUAGGGAUCCACUUCCGCUCUUGGAAGCCAUGGCGUCAAACACUGUGCAGAUGACCUUCGAUCGGCUGGUUCAGCUGCCAGGCGUGACGGGGGCAAUCCUGAUCGAUGGCAAUGGAGUUCCGGUGCGGACCAAUUUGCCGGCGAAUGUGGCCCGCAUAUACGCCGAUCAUAGGCCACUGGUGACCCUGGCACGCUCCAUGGUGCAGGAUUUGGAGAACGGGGACGAGCUGAGUUACGUGCGGCUGCGCACCCGCCGCCAGGAGACGAUGGUGGCCACCGAGAACGAGCACACGAUCAUUCUGAUCCAGGACAACCGUAUGCUCGACGAAUCCCGGAGGAGCAGUGUCGCCUCGCGGAGAGCCUCUGCGCUCUAACGGAUUCGAGUCCAGUAGGGGUCGUAAACAAGCUGCGCAAGCGGGUAACGACCACGUCCUGAUGUCCUGGCUGAGAGAAGUCCUUGCACGGACGAGCUCACAAAUCCAAAGCACAGAGCUGAAAUUGUGAGCCGGGGCAUUGCUGUGCUGGAAGAGCACGCAAAAAUAAAAUCCACUUACAGGCGGGGUAAAUUGUGUUUGUGUACCCUUAUUGGGAGUCCAGUAGGCUGGGGUCGAAGGUCAUGCGCCUCCAAAUCGCUGUAAAUAUCAGUAAGUAAUAGUACUACACUUAUAUUAUGAUUAUGAUUUGGCAAUAUGCGUAAAUUAUACUUUGAUAUAUUAGCUACAUACCCGGAACAUAUGGUUUGAAUUUGAAAACCUAGUGGUAUAUGGUUGUAAGUGAUCCUCGUAGCUUUACCACUUGGCCCAGCUGGGAUUGGGUAUUUCUGGAUUCGGUCUGCAGGGAAAGGAGGAAAGGAACCCAUGCUUCCCCCGAGUUCGUUUCGAUUGCUGGCAACAACCGGCUGCCGUCACGCCAUCAAGCAUUCAUGCCAACAGCACGAAGAGAGGGUGAGGGGGAUGGGGGGUCGGGGCUAGAGGACCCGCAGAGCAGCCUGUCGCCUGCACACUUACACACACUCGUGGGCACGCACACACCCUCAGCCCCAGCACACUUACACAGGAACACGCCGGGCUUUACACGCCUCCGCACGCGUCACACGAAAGCACGAAACCAAUUUAAGCACCCACAUUCUCUCACCCAAUUAGUCGCACACAGUU